AUGCCUUUUCCUGACCUUUUCGGAGGUAACCCUCCACCCGCGGAGAUCUUCGAAUCUACAGCGGCUGAGACUAUCGAUCUCGUUCGGCGAAUCAUAAACCAACCGGGCCUUGUUGGCCUUCCAGCAGGUCCUAGCUAUGAUUUGGCUAAAUUUUUUCCUACGGCUACAGAACAGCUCGGAGUUCCGACACCUGCGGAUGCAGUUUUCUUGGAUCCUGCGACGGAGGUACUGGAUGCUGUAGACAUGGAGCAAAAGCUUAUUCCAGUGUUGCUUUUGUAUUGUCAGAUCCUGAAAACUCUUGUAGAAGCCGCGGCCGGUGACAUGAAACUCGGGAUGACGGCAGUGAUCUUUCGGAAGCAACCGUAUACCUACUUCGUUGGAGCAACAAUACCUACUUUGGGUAUACCGGAUGAGGAAGAGAGGCUUACGGCCAAGAAUGUUAUUCAAGCAUUCCGCUUCGGCUUGCUCCUUCGAGCUUAUACUGAAGCAGGCAUAUCGUUGCCGCCGAUGCCACCAAUACUUGAAGUCGAGUUGGUCAAGUACAUGAUCGAAAUAUACCCCACAAAACGGUUCGGCAUUGACCCUAACGCACUACCGGCGGUGCCGAAAGACGAGAAAUUGUUGUACCUUGGCUGGCUUUACCUGCAGCUUCUCCGGUUAUUAGUUGGGGAGUGUAACGGAACCCGCCCAAUAGUGUUAAAAAAAAGAGCUAAUCUGGAUCUUGGAGAAUUUGAUGAAUGGAGAAAAAGAAUUGUCUCAGUGAUUAUCAGCGGACCGGAGCCGCUUUCAGAUCCACAUACAGAAUCAGUGCUUAACAAUACAAGCCCGAGCCAAGAUCUACCCCCCAAUCUAGAUCUAGCUAUAGAGCUAGAACCAGUCGUUGCCGCCAGUAUGGAAGAGCUAUAUGGGCACUGUGCUGAAACAUAUCCCGUGCUUCACAUACUCAGUGAGCCAUAUCUUACGGAUAGUAGCAAUCACGAAGGGCUUGCCAUUAGAGGAGUUGGCUUGACGGAUAUCAUCAAAAAUAUCAAAAACGGGGGCGCAUUAAAUGCGAAGUCAAAGAAGGCCUUUGCAGAGCCAUGUGUAAACUGCCGAAGUCUUAUCAAAAGGAUGGGGAUAGAUGAAGUUCCAUACAACAGAUAUAUCGGAAUAAAGAAGCCCAAAAACCCAUUGGUGGAUUACGCAGUUGGAGUAAAAACAGGCUGGGAAUCGUGA